UAUAAACUUUGACUUAGACCUGAGUUUUUCUAAUGAUCUUCAAGGAUCUUUGACAAUUAAUUACUGCACAGUGCAUGCAGCUAGAGAGGUAAGAAUGGCUUGUUUGAAAGCUCUUUUGCAGCUAGUUAAGAAUAUACGAGUGCUUGCAGCUGCUAAAAGAGCGAAUCAGACAGGUCACUUCAUGUGGGUUGGCUCUGACAGUUGGGGUUCUAAGAUCUCACCAGUUCUGCAGCAAGAGGAAGUGGCAGAAGGAUCUGUCACAAUACUGCCUAGACGAGCAUCAGUCAGAGGGUUUGACAGAUACUUUACAAGUCGGACACUAGAUAACAACAGAAGGAAUGUCUGGUUUGCAGAAUUUUGGGAAGACAAUUUUCACUGCAGACUAAGUCGAAAUGCAUUGCGUAGGGGUGGUCAUGGAAAGAAAUGUACAAAUCAGGAACGAAUUGGUGUGGGGUCUACCUAUGAGCAAGAGGGGAAAGUACAAUUUGUUAUAGAUGCAGUAUAUGCAAUGGCUCAUGCUCUUCACAAUAUACACAAAACUGUUUGUCCUGGCAGUGUUGGACUUUGCAGUCGUAUGGACCCAGUUGAUGGAACUGAACUCCUAAAAUACAUUCGCAAUGUCAAUUUCACAGGUAUUGCUGGUACACCAGUGACGUUCAAUGAGAAUGGUGAUGCACCAGGUCGUUAUGAAAUCUACCAAUACCAAAUCCACAAUGGAACCCCUGAAUAUAGAGUGAUUGGACAGUGGGCAGAUCAUCUUCACCUCAAAAUUGAUCGUAUGGACUGGCCAGGCACCCCCGUCUCCUCUUCCAGCUUCCCACAGAUUCCUCCUUCUGUCUGCAGCCAACCUUGCCUGGCAGGUGAAAGGAAGAAAGUAGUGAAAGGAAUGCCCUGCUGUUGGCAUUGUGAAAAAUGUGAAGGUUAUCAGUACCAGCUUGAUGCUUAUACCUGCAAAAGAUGCCCAAUCCACAUGAGACCAAAUGAAAACCACACAUUCUGCACAUCAAUUCCAGUCAUCAAGCUCGAGUGGAGUUCUCCCUGGGCAGUUGUGCCUGUCCUUCUUGCUGUGUUAGGCAUCGUGGCAACUCUGAUAGUUAUGGGCACCUUCAUGCGAUACAAUGACACGCCUAUUGUUAAGGCUUCUGGUCGUGAACUAAGUUAUGUCCUUCUCACUGGUAUCUUCUUGUGCUAUGUCAACACUUUCAUUAUGGUAGCCCAACCAGGAUAUGGAACCUGCUCACUGAGAAGAGUCUUUCUUGGACUGGGAAUGAGUAUUAGUUAUGCUGCUCUGCUUACGAAAACCAAUCGUAUCUACCGUAUUUUUGAGCAGGGUAAAAAAUCAGUCAGUGCACCACGUUAUAUCAGCCCAUCUUCUCAGUUGGUGAUCACUGCCAGUCUUUCUUCAGUUCAGCUGCUGGGAGUGCUUGUAUGGUUUUUUGUGGACCCAUCCAGGCCUGUUGUGGACUAUGAAAACCAGCGAACACCAGAUCCCCAGCAGGCACGUGGAGUGCUCAAAUGUGACAUUUCAGACCUUUCCCUUAUUUGCCUUUUGGGUUACAGCAUGCUUCUUAUGGUUACCUGCACUGUUUAUGCUAUCAAAACCCGUGGGGUUCCAGAGACAUUUAAUGAGGCAAAGCCAAUUGGUUUUACCAUGUAUACCACUUGCAUUGUGUGGCUGGCCUUCAUCCCAAUUUUCUUUGGCACUGCUCAGUCUGCUGAGAAGAUGCAUAUCCAAACCACAACACUGACAAUAUCAGUGAGUUUGAGUGCCUCAGUAUCCUUAGGUAUGCUGUACAUGCCCAAGGUCUACGUUAUCCUUUUCCAUCCAGAACUGAAUGUCCCCAAACGUAAAAGAAGUCUGAAGGCGGUUGUCACUGCAGCCACAAUGAGCAACAAGUUUACCCAAAAGGGAGGCUACAGACCCAAUGGGGAAGCCAAGACUGAGCUAUGUGAUAGCAUGGAGACACAAGCUCUGGCCAGUAAACCAACAUAUGUCAGUUACAGUAACCACGCUAUAUAGGCAGCACUGUUUGAAAAUGCCGUUGAACAUUGGGAGGGGCCAUACAAAUGGUCACACCAGAUGCUGCUCCCUACCGAAAA